AUGAUCGCCUCAAACCUGGCAGCGCCGUUGGCGCCCCAGCCUCAAGGAGCGCGCUCAUGCCCAAAGGCCAAGGUGCCCUUCAAUUGGGCGAAUACCGAGCCGCCUUUGGCGCUUGCCAAUGAAUGGCGAGGAGAAGGAGAAGUCGAAUGUGGAGAAGAAGACUCGAAACACAGCGAUGGAAGUGCUGAUAGUAGCAGCUGUGAUGAGGAUGACCUGGAUCUUCUGCAGCGUAAGCUUGCUGCUGGUGGCAGCAGCAAGGUGUCCAAGGGCCACUUGGCGCUGCUCGGCACUGGGCUCCUGUGCUUUACCAUGGGCGGGCUCUCCAACGAGGUGACGGGCCUCUUCCUAGGGCAGCUGGUGGAGGACUUCGAGUUGAGCCCUGCUCAGGCCAGCCUGGUGGUCACCGGAUAUACGUUGGGCAUCGCUUUCGGCCUCGCCAUUUGCAGCCGCCUGGGCGACACGUUGGGCCGCCGCUUUUUGACCCGGCUCGGUUUGGUCAACGCCGUUUGCGCCGCUGCAACGAUCCUUACGGCCGUCAGGUUCGAGAUACUGGUGCUGGCGCGCGCUGCUUUGGGCCUCUCCACUGGGCUUUUCUUCGUGACAGUUCCUGCGCUGCUGGCAGAGGGCCUGCCAACUGACAAGGUGGAGGGCUACCUUGCAACUUACCCAAGCGGCUGGCCCUUGGGUGCACUAGCGGGAAUCCUCUUGGCCAGCCACCCGUGGCGUUCUGUGCUGGGUCUUGGGCCUUUGCUGGUGGCAACAGCACUGCUGCCGCUGCUCUUCUGGCUGCCCGAGUCCCCAAAGUAUUUGCUUAUGAAGGGCCAGAAGGCUGCUGCCGCAGCGUCGCUGCGGAAGCUGGGGACGGUCAAGGCCUUGGAGGGGCCCGAGGAGACAAUGGACUCCGAGUGCCGCGUAUCCUUCCCCAGGAUGGCUGCCACCUUGAUGUGCCGAGAAGCGGCGUCCACGCUGGUGAAGAUUUGGUUGCCGAUUUGGGUGGGCUCCACUUCCAAAGCCGUCGAAGCGAUGCUCCUGAUGUAUGUGCUGGAGAUCUUGGGCAUCCUGACCACCGGCCAAUUGGUGGCGGCCGCCAGCAGUGAGAGGACCCUGGCGCAGGGGGCGCGAAUCAACAUGCUGGCAGGCUGUGCAGCGAGCCUGGGCUGCCUGCUGUGCAAAGGCCACAUGUUGGCAGCUGGUCUGCUGGGUGCGUCGCACUUGGUGGCGCAGGCCAAUGCCUCCAACCUGCUGCAAACUCUGUUCACCUGUGCCACCGGCGCUGCACAGCGUGGGACGCUGCUGGCGCGGCUGGGCCUGCUGGGCUAUCUGAGCGGCAGCCUUAUUCCGUCCCUGGCCGGCCUCCUGGUUUCUGUCCAUGGCGGCGUCUUCCACAACGUGCACUACAUGCUCCUAAUUGCCGCCGCGCUCUACUGCGUGGGUGCGCUCACCACGCCCGUCAAGUGA